AUGCCGGGCAUGUGGAUGCGUCGCGCAGUGACGCUGAUGCUUGGUGCAGGCACACAUGCCGCAGUGGUCCUCCAGAAGAACACGUACGAGACUUCUGGCUGCACCGGGCAAGUGGUUCGCACAGAGUACAUGGUCACCGGCUGCGUGCAGAAUGGCGGGGGCAGUGGGUUCGCUGCAGUGAGCUGCAACAGUACUGGGGCCUCCUUGGCCAUGCACACUGAUGCGGCAUGUGCUGGCAACACUACGGAGGAACAAUCCUUCGAUUUGUCAACAUGCAUCGACGAGUACAACAAGUACAUGUCCUGCACGGAGCAGACCGUGGUGUGCGUGGACGGCAACACCAGCGAUGCAUUGCCGGAUGGCUGGUUCGCCUAUCAGGGAUCCUGCUCGGUUCAAG